CCACUCAUCAACACAGAAAAUUCAAAAUCCCAAAGCACCCAAAUCUAGAAGAAGCUUUCGAAAUCAAACAUUCCCGCAUCCACCAAGAGAAGAAUGGACUUCAGAAUCAUGGGUCUGGACGCUCCGAUCAUCACUGCCCUGCAGCACCUGGCGGAACUCCCGGAGGAGACCGAGAAGUCGACAUUCAAUGCUCCGACCAGGACAUACGUCCGUGACGCCAAGGCCAUGGCUUCCACUCCGGCAGACGUGAAGGAGUACCCGAAUUCCUAUGUGUUCGUGAUCGACAUGCCGGGGCUCAAGUCGGGGGACAUCAAGGUGCAGGUGGAGGAUGACAAUGUGCUUCUGAUCAGCGGCGAGAGGAAGAGGGAGGAUGAGAAGGAGGGGGCCAAGUAUGUGAGGAUGGAGAGGAGGGUUGGUAAGUUUAUGAGGAAGUUUGUGCUGCCUGAGAAUGCUAAUGUCGAGGCCAUUUCUGCUGUUUGCCAAGAUGGGGUUCUGACUGUCACUGUGGAGAAGCUGCCCCCGCCUCAGCCGAAGAAGCCCAAGACCAUCGAGGUCAAGAUUGCCUAGGAUUGUGCGCGCCAUGUCAAUGUGGGUUGCUUUCUGAAUAAUUACAGUGAUGUUGGUAUGAAGUGUUUGGUGCUGGUCUGUUUCUCGAUAUCGAUUUUAGUUCUGGUGUUUUAGGUUUGUGGCUUUGUUGCUACCGUUUUCCAAUCGGAUAUGUGUUUAUGUAUGGUUUUAUCUAUGAAGCAAUGAAUUAGCAGUUUCAUCAU